CAUUACUACAACGCCACUUUUGAUGCCGGUGCUUAAUAUUAUUUUACAUACAAAUAGAUCUGAGACAUAUCAAAUAUAUGUCAUGACUGAAUAUUUUAUCGAUCAAGAAAAAUAUUCCUAUUUAAUUUUGUUACACGUCAAUAUAGUUGUAUGUAUAGGGGCGGCUACAGUAACAGCAACAGGUACAAUGCUCAGAGGAUGUCUCAUACAUGCUUGUGGAAUGUUUAAAAUUGCCAGUUAUCGCAUUGAGCAAGCAAUGACAAUGAAGUUCAAAAAGUUUAGUACAAAUAACGAGAUUAUGAUUUACAAGGAAAUAGGUUGUGCUAUCGACAUCCAUCGUAAAGCUAUGAAGUUGUAUUCCGAAUUUUUAUUAUCCAGUUUUGAAGGAUCAUUCGCUUCAUUAAUAUUAGUCGGUGUGAUUUCGUUGAGUCUCAAUCUUUUUCA